GGAAUGCCCGCUUCCAGUCAGCGCGUUCAAGGUCGUUGAAACGAAACGGCGGACAGAUUUGAAAGGGAUUACCGUUUUUACCUUGCCCUGCCGUGCCACGUAACCUAAGUGUUAACGAAGAUGCCGCGCUACCCGCCUGAUCGUUGGUUUGAUUAUACCUCAUUGGGCGUCCCGGUUAAAGGGACGCGUUUGCUUCCGAUAAAACUACCUAUACCAUCAGAAAAGUCCAGCAAUAUUCCUUUUCAUUUAAGAUUUACACUAGGUGACCUUAUUAACUGUGUUGAAUCAUACAACCAAAAAUUGACGUGUGUCAUAGAUUUGACUUAUGCAAACUAUUAUUCGCCAAAGGUAACUCCUCGUUAUUUACCUUCCCAGUUCCUUCAUGAUAAUAAUAUAAGUUACCAUAAGAUAUAUGUGGAAGGACAUGCAAUCCCAAAUUCGAAAACUGUUGAACAGCAAGUUCUUAUUAAGUUCAGAAUCGACUUUUAUAGGUUUAUCAAUAUGGUUAACAAGGAACGUAAACAAUCUCCAGAUGGCAUAAUUGCUGUACACUGCACACAUGGCGUAAACCGAACGGGUUAUUUAAUAUGCAGGUAAUGUUCGCUACCAUACUACCUAUUAGUCUCAAGAUAUCUUAUCGAUUUUAUGAAUAUAAAUCCUAAAGAUGCUCUUAGAGAAUUCGAAUGGGCACGUGGUCAUCCUGUCGAAAGAGAAAAUUAUGUUGAAGAUUUGUUGAAUUCUGUCAGUAAAUUAGAGGUCACAAACGUUGAAAACAAUAGAAGUGCGUGAAUAAAUGUACAUUAGUGUCAUUAUUUUAUUUAAUGCUUUGUAAGUAAUAUCCAAGCACUCAGAACCUUUAUGAUACUCCUAAAGCUACUACAUGUUUUGUUGUGAGAUAAGAUAUUAAAUAGCGAUUUUCUCUAUUCAUUGCCUUUCAUAAAUUACGAUGCAGAAAAACUUGGUAUUAUUGUGAAGGAAUAAAAUCAUUACUGCGGCUAAUAAAAUUACUUCGCGAAAAUGCGAAGUAAUAUUUUUGAUAAAAAUUUUGUUUAAUCGUUGAGUGCCUAGGCUCCGAACAGUGUAGAUAGUUGCUACAAUAGAUGAUAAUUACAAGUACGUUGAAAUCGACAAAAAAAUUAUUUUUAUUUAAUCUUGGCUCUAGUAUCAUAAAGGAACAAAUGGCAUAUGAACCAAUCUUUGGUCACCGGCUACCGUGGGUCUGCAUCUCCUAACGUUGCUCCACUGCCUUGUGGAUUAGACCUUUAUAUCAAAUGCUCGAUGUGUGACCUAAGAUGUCUACACAGUGACCUAGAGGCUAUGAGUUAUCUUUCCAACCCUUAGUUGGGUAGCUGAUAGGUCCCAUGCCAAGACGAAACAGCUGUUCAUUGCUUUCUUGUUUUCACUGAAUAUCAGUCACAUCGCCUAACCAUUACACUUAAUCUUGUAUAUGUUUAGAGACGUACUCUGAUAAAAAUAACUUUCAAGUUAAACAGAGACAUCAGAUAAAUUUUACUAAAAGAAUAAGUCAAUUUCUUACGAAAAGAGUGAAUCAACCAAUAAUAUUUGACCUAAACGUCCAUUUAUUAAGAAUCAUUUAAUCCGAGAUUAAUUAUUACUCUGAUACUCUUUAUUUAACUGCUAAUCCCGAAAUUGUACCAGUUGCAUAGACAUGGUUAACCCUUGUUGCUGAUUCAUUUCGUUGUCUCUGCUACCGUAAAGUAUAUGUGCGUUUAUUAUCCUUUUUUAAUUGACUAUCUUUCGUUUUUGUACUAAUUGUUUUGAUUUAUAUUUUAUAAACAGACUAUAAUUGUUUGCAAUAUAUAAAGUUAGACCGACCGUAGCUGCUACCUUGACGUGGUGGUCGGGCUUGCCUAUCGUGAUGACCCAACCGAGCUAUAUUGGCUUGAACAUAUGUUCCUGUAGGUUCUACCAUGUCAGGCAGGUCGAUUGGAGAACGGUAAGACUAAAAGCAGCAACUCAAGGUCUGAGGGCGAAGUCGUACUGCUGACUGUAGAGGAGUGUGACAGCAGUAAGGUGUUUCCCUCGGGCAACCAGCAUCUGCAGCGAUGCUGCAUUCCCACAAGGAGGGGCGGGGUUAGAAAAGAUCGACCCUAAAAAUGCCACACCUCACUUCACGAAUUUCCGUCUCCGGCGGUAAGGCCCUUUAAAGAACGGAGCUAACAUAUUAAAAACCUCCCACGAAAAGGCCGUGUGUGACUGGUCUCAAGUAGUUGUCCCUUGGGCUCUGCGGUCACGCUCCCACGCCGUUAUGGCCGACAUUAAUCCUAUGUCCUUUACAGGUUCCUCAAGAAAUACCCUUCCACGGUGUGGACAGCCGGGAAGUGAUAUCAGCCCUCAUACCCGUAACAGCACACGAGACCAAGUUGGUCACAUUCAAAUCCCUCCUACACCUAAUACCUCUCUUAUCUCCCCGACUAACCCUUCUCACGUCUUUUUUUCACCUCGCACCGCUAAGGCAAACGAUUCGAGUACGCGGAACGUUAUUCCUGGUCUCCUGAAACCACGCUCUAAACUACAUGUAGAAGUUUUAACGUACGAACACUAUGCCAAAUAGGACAACAGGCUUCCUUAGCUAGGACUUUAGAAUCUCGUGCCAUCGAUGUGUGCUGCGUCUCCGAAACGCGCAUACAGGAUCCGAGUAGCGUCAUUCAUUUGACCUCACCAUGUCAAAACAAAGAACCAACUCGAUUCACACUUCGUGUAUCUGGAAGCCCAGAUGCUGCUCCUCGUGGCCUCGCCGGCGUAGGUAUAGCAUUGAGUCCUGGUGCAGAACUAGCUCUCUUAGACUGGAUCCCAGUAGACAGUCGUUUGUGCGCUGUCCGACUAAACGGAAAAAUAAGGACUCGGAAAGAUAGGGAGACUCGUCGUUGCCUCUUCGUCGUCUCUGCCUAUUCUCCCACUGACUGCAACUCAGAUGAUGUAAAAGAUGAGUUUCACAGAAAGCUUUCCGACCUCCGAAAAGCUAGGCGCUCUGAUGUAGUAAUAGUGGCUGGUGACUUUAAUGCUCAAGUAGGUAAACUAAGCGAAAGGGAAAGACACCUAGGUGGAUCUUAUGGUGCCGUGGCUCAAAGAACAGAUAAUGGCGACCGUCUGUUGCAGCUAUGCUCAGAUAACCGCCUGUUUCUUGCAAAUACUAACUUUAAGCAUAAGGAAAAACAUCUUUCAACAUGGCGACCCCCUAAUUCGUCCCAACGUUGGACCCAAAUAGAUCACAUCGCUAUCAGCCACCGAUGGAGGGGCUCGAUAGAAGACUGUCGCUCAUUCUGGAGCACAUGUUUAGACUCAGGUCAUGCUCUAGUACGAGCGCGUAUCUGUCUGCGUCUUACUGGACGUAAGAAAGACGCUGCAAGGAAACCUCUUAGGGUCCUGUCUAAUGAUAGUCAAACUAGAACUAUAUUUCAGCAACAACUAGGAAAACAUUUAGGCAGUCAUGUAAAUGAUGCCCACCCCGAGGCAGCAUGGAAUGAUAUCCGAAAAGCUGUGGAAACAGCAGUGAUAUUUGCUAGUACGGUAAACCGUAAGGUUAGGAAGCAACACUGGAUCUCAGCAGCAUCUACCGCACUGAUAGAUGCUCGGAAACUCAUCCCAUCUGACUCUGAACAUAACGAAGUGCGGAGUCAGUUUAAGUGCAAGCUGACAAGAAGCUUACGCAAUGAUCGUGAACAGUGGUGGGUAGCGAAAGCAAGAGAGAUGGAAAUGGCAGCGGCAAUAGGUAAUAGCAGACAAAUGUCCAGACGUGUUAAGGAAACCGGUAUUAGGAACCUGACCGUUAGCGAAACAAUCUCAGAGAAAGAUAGACAUAUACAUUCUCAAUCCAGGAGAUUGAAUCGAUGGGCAGAACACUUUAGGGAUCAGUUCAACUGGCCUUCAGCCACACUUCGGUUUCCCACGGUCUCCAGUCAACCUGAAUGACAAGUUAAUUUAGGUCCUCCGACUCUUUAUGAAGUUGAAAAAGCCAUAGGAAAUCUGAAGCGAGGGAGAGCAACAGGCCCUGACAGGUUCACUCCUGAGAUUUUUAGGGAUGAUGGUCCAGUAUUAGCAGUGAGAUUAACUGAGGUCCUAGGUAGAGUUUUGGAACUGGACGUAAUCCCAUCUGACUGGUCUCAAUCACUGAUUGUGCCAGUCUAUAAGAAAGGACAAAAGUCCUCUUGUGACAAUCCCAGAGGAAUCAGUUUGACUAAUAUAGUGUCUAAAAUAUUAGCUUCAAUAAUACUUGGACGCCUAAUCAAGCUCGUGAAGAGCAGAUUAGAGAAAAUCAGGCCGGUUUUCGACCUGGGUGUGGUUGUAUAGACCAGAUAUUCACACUACGUCAGGUUCUAGAACACAGACACACGUUCAAACGCCCCACAAUGGUAGUAUUUCUCGACCUUAAGGCGGCAUUCGACUCUGUUGAUCGUGAGGUUCUAUGGAAGUGUUUGUCACUGAAAGGAGUACCAAAGAAGUACAUUAACCUUAUAAAUGCUCUCUACUCGAACACAACUGGUACAGUGAGAGCUUAUGGCGAACUGUCAUCAUAAUUGAUUACCUCAAGUGGUGUUCGUCAAGGCUGUCUACUCUCCCCAUUCUUGUUCAACUUUGUGGUCGACGUACUUUUAGAGAUAACACUCUCCUCAUCUAAAUUUCCAGGGGUUGAACCUCUACUGGGAGGUUCACUUGUUGACUUAGAAUAUGCUGAUGACAUAGUUUUAUUCGGUGAAGACGCUGACAAAAUGCAGAGUCUUCUGACCACUCUAAGCAACAAUGCAAGCAUGUUCGGGAUGCGAUUCUCCCCCUCGAAAUGCAAAAUGUUGCUUCAGGAUUGGGUUGCAUCGACACCCAAACUAAUGAUAGGGAGUGAAGUAGUUGAGCGUGUCGACCGCUUCACUUAACUUAGAAGUCUCAUCAACAGGUGCAUCCACUCUUUGAGUUCUCCUAAAUUCUAAUCUUCUGAAUUCUUUAUGUCGCUUUUUUUCUCUUCCCAAAUUUGUUUCACUGGAUUAUACUCUUUGAAUAACAUCUCCAAACCCUAAUGUUUCCGAUUACUGCUUAUACUCUUACUACCUCUACCACUACGGGAUUCGAAUCGACAACUGUGUCUCUGUGCUAAUGUGGUAUGGCAACUCGAACUGAUGUACGUACGUACGAAGUUCUACGUUGUUACUGACUGACUGAAAGUUAGCUGUUUUGACUAUAGCCCUGCUUAGACUGUGCGACGUAUUCAAGAAAUUCACCAGUAGGUAUUUACUUCUAACAUGAUGUUCGGCAGUGACUUUGGAACCAACCUUUACAAAAGCACUUACUACUUGUUUCCACCAUCUUUGUGAACUUAUGUUGCAUCCACUUUUUAUCCUCUCGAUUUCGUUAGUAAAAUGGAUAAUAGGAUGAAGGAAGCAGCAUUCAAAGACUGACUACAUUUUCUUGAGAUGGAUGUUGAACAGAUAAAAAAGACACGGUACGAUGUUUCGUAACUUAUCACAUCUCAGGAACACUUAUAUGCUCCAAGGCACGCUAAUCGUUCACUGUAGAAGAGUGACGAGAAACUGACUGAAUCAUAUGUUGAAUUUACCAUUUGUCCGGCGAUAAAAAUGUUUCUUGACAUCCGCACAGCAUACGAUCGAUAAAAAUGAUUGACAUUUAACCGGCGUUUAUCGGUGGCUUGAUGUGAAUAUCCCCUCCUAAAAGGCACCAGGCAUAUUGUUUUUGGAACAAAAAUGAAAACUGCCUGAAUAUGUUUUGAGAGCUUUGUUAGGGAAAGUUUUCACAAGAGACUCACGUCGAAGGCUCGUUGGACAGUAACACCUUUUAUGCAUUGCCACAUGUUUUUUUCCAGAACAUAUACUAACUUUGAACUAUAAAGUGUGUCAUUCAAACUUUUGGGCUCAGUCAGGUCCCUACGUUAAAUAAUAACCAGUUUCAGGUUUCGUGGGGCCCUGAGAAAUCGCCAAUAAACAUACCUAUUAAGUUCGCGCGGCAUCGACUCCUUGUUACCAUGCGGAAGUUCUAUCCGUCAUGGAUUGAUGGGUGAAGGGUAAUGGUCCUUAUAACUUUAACUGUGCUUAGACAUGAUAACAGCGAAAUACACAAAUAUCCAAAACAAAUUCGAUACAAGAGAAAAAACGAGCAUACACAAAAAUGUAUUUAACGUUACGACAGUCUUACAGCAGACUCAUAAUAUACCGGUUAGUUUACCGGAUCACAGAUGUUCAUCAACCUAGAGGCUUAGGACACGCGGAAUAGGAAAAAUUCCCCCCAACAUUCUUUUUAUGCAAUGAUCUGUAAGUCAAUAAAACCAGAAGUCUAUAGGGACGAAGUGUGAACGUAUAUUUGCAUUGUGUGGUAUCCAAGGUAAUCAGUUAUCGUUUAACUUCAUCACAGACCUACUGAUGGAAAUAACGUUCUCGUCAACUGAAUUCCCGGGUAUUGAUCUUCCAGGAGGCCACUCAUCGACUUAGAAUACGCAGAUGACAUAGUCCUGUUUAGUGAAGACGCUGAUAAAGCGCUGUCUUUUCGUAGAACUGAGCAACAAUGUCAGGAAGUUUGGGAUGCGCUUCUCGUCUAAAUGCAAGUUGUUGUUUCAGGACUGGUCUGCAUCAACACCUGAAAUAAGGUUAGGGAGUGAAGUAGUCGAACGCGUUGAGAACUUCACUUAUCUUGGAAGUCUGAUCAGCCCUAAUGGGUUGAUAUCUGACAAAAUCUCAGGACGGAUUUGAAAAGCUCGUUUGGCUUUCACCAACUUACGUCACCUAUGGCGAAGGCGAGAUAUCCGUCUAUCAAUAAAAGAAUGGGUAUACUGCGCGGCAGUUCGUUCUGUUCUACUUUACGGCUGCGAAUCGUGGCCAUUAGGAGUAGAAGAUACUCGUAAGCUACUAGUAUUUGACCACAGAUGCCUUAUAAAUAUUGCUCACAACUGCUGGGAUCGCCGGGUAAGUAAUAGUGAGGUCGGACGAUUGAUGGUAAAUCAUUUGGUGAGGUUGUGAAUCUUUACCAAGUGAGAUGGUUGGGCCACUUGUUGCGUAUGCCCGAACACCGAUUACCACGACGCCCAAUGCUGAAUAGUGUGGCGAAUGUUUGGACGAAAGUUAGGGACGGCCAAACCAGGAUGUGGUGCCAAUCCUUGAAGUCACUAACUCUUAGUCUUAGCCAUGUUGGUAGUCACAGACUACUGGGUUGGGGUCCGCGCGACUACCAUAACUAAUGUUUGAAGAUUCUUGGUGACAUGACUCAGAAUCGAUUACAAUGGCGUAGGUAUAUACUGUCUUCCUUUAAACUAAGAUUAAAAUCGCUUCAUAUCUUUCUUUUAUAUAUUACCUAUGAAUCUGGUGUCCAUCAUGUUGUGCUGAUGCGGUAUAGCAACUUGGACCGAUGCAUAUAUGUGUCUGGUCCUACGUUGUAGCUGACUGAGUGAAUGUGCAGCAUGGAGCAGCCUAACGUCAUCUGGUAAGAAUCCUUGACCGAGUGCAUUCGAGUAGUGGUAUUUCAGGUAAAACCUAUGAGGUCAACACCACGUUUAGAGAUAUUUACGACCACUAAUUGCUUAAGUCGAUUUUGAAUGCAUUGCUAUGGUACCUGUUUUCUGCUCAACACCUCCAGUCCCAGGUACAUUCUGUUAGCUGCUAUUGUAUUUACUUAUUGAACGUGAUACUGAUAACGAAGUCUAAUCGUUUUUUUUUACCAUUAAUUUGUUGUUUUUCAGAUUUGCAUUAAACUCGGAAGGUCCCCAUACGUGUUCUGAUAUGCAAUUGAUGGCUUCUGUCAACUAAUUGAAAGGCUCAAAACUUUCUAAUAAUCAAGGUUAUGCAGGUGAAAAACUUAGCGAAUUUCUGAAUAUGGAAGAUUACGCGAGGAGACCAUGUACAGGUUCACGAAAUCUGUGUUUUAUAUUGACUACUGUCACGUUUAUUCAUCUAAUGGAUUUAAACAUAAAUAUAACAACUGUACUCAGUCUUUGCACUAUUAA